AUCUAUAUCUGAGUGACGCUCAGGUGUGUGACCUUUGGAGUGAGAGAGGAGAAAACCUGCAGACUGUUUAUGAGGUAGAUAACAGCUGGACUGAACUCCGAUCAGACUCGCUCAACACAAACACACUUUCUCUCCUGGUUUCACACAGAAGACAGACAGGAUGGCGGGCAGGAAGUCGGUGUGUUGUGGUAUCUCUGCUCGGGAGGCGACGCUGGCCGUCCUGUUCAUCGUCAUGACAGCCGUGUGUGUGACACUGAUCACACUGAUGGCUACCUGGAAAACACACACAACUCCGGAAGCGACCCUUCCUCCGAGUCCAGAGCCUCAGCACAAACCUUACCUGAUCGGAGUGGGCCGAGCCGACUGCACCGGGCCACCAGCCGAAAUCCCUCUGAUGGGUUACGCAAACCCUCAGCAGACGGCUGCAGGCAUUCACACUCGCUUGUACAGCCGAGCCUUCAUCAUUGACGACGGGAGGCGCAGAGUCGUGUUCGUCACUGCAGAUGUAGGAAUGAUAUCACAGAGGUUACGACUGGAGGUUCUGCAGGCGUUGCGGGUGAAAUACGGGGAUCUGUACCGUCAGGAUAACGUGGUUCUGAGCGGGACUCACACACACUGCGGACCAGCCGGAUAUUUCCAGUACACCCUGUUUAUGAUCAGCAGUAAAGGUUACAUCAAGGCGUCCAUCGAGCCGCUGGUCAACGGCAUCGUCAAGAGUAUAGAUAUAGCCCACAGCACCAUGAGGCCAGGCAGGAUUUACAGGAGCAGAGGAGAGCUGGACGACAGCAGCCUGAACAGAAGUCCUCAGUCCUACCUGAACAACCCUGAGGACGAGAGACACAGAUAUAAGUGGAACACAGAUAAACAGGUGUUGGUGCUCAAGUUCACUGAUCUGGAUGGAGACGGGAUCGGUAUGCUCAGCUGGUUCGCCGUCCACGCCGUCAGCAUGAACUACACCAACCGCAUGGUGAGCAGCGACAACAUGGGCUACGCCUCCUACCUGCUGGAGCAGGACAAGAACCCCGGAGAUCUACCUGGACAGGGAGGCUUCGUUGCUGGUUUCUCCUCCAGUAACCUCGGCGACGUCAGUCCGAACAUCAGAGGACCUCGCUGUGUGAACACUGGGCUGCCAUGCGACUACCUGAACAGCUCCUGUCCUGUAGGAGGGACUAAGAUGUGUCAGGCGUUCGGACCAGGAGACGACAUGUUCGACAGCACGAGGAUCAUCGGACACAACAUCUACAGGAAGGCCAAGGAGCUGUAUGCUAACGCAGUCGAAGAGGUGACUGGCUUCCUUCACUCUGCCCAUCAGUGGGUCAACAUGACGGAUGUUACUAUUCAGAUCAACGACACACACACAGUCAGUACAUGUAAACCAGCUCUGGGUCACAGUUUUGCAGCAGGAACAACAGACGGAGGAGGAGACCUCAACUUCACUCAGGGCGCUGUGGAGGGCGACCCGUUCUGGGACGGGAUCAGAGAUGCUCUCCUGGGCAAGCCGUCCAAUCAGACCCAGGAGUGUCAUCGUCCCAAACCGAUCCUGUUCAGCACGGGGGAGAUGAACUGGCCUCUGCCGUGGCAUCCUCAGAUUAUCGACGUUCAGAUCAUCACCAUCGGCUCUGUGGCUGUCGUAGCUGUUCCUGGAGAGAUGACCACCAUGUCGGGGAGGAGGUUAAGAGAAGCUGUCAAACAGGAGCUGGAGUCGGAGGGGGCGUUCAGGGACCCGGAGGUGGUGAUCGCUGGCCUGAGUAACGUGUACACUCACUACAUCACCACCUACGAAGAGUACCAGGUUCAGCGGUAUGAAGGAGCCUCCACCAUCUACGGUCCGCACACGCUCAGUGCCUACCUGCAAAAGUACCGAGGCCUGGCCAGAGCCAUCGCACAGGACAGAGUGUCAGAGCUGCCUGUCGGGCCGCAGCCUCCCUUCUUUCAGGAGAAACUCUUUAAUCUGCUGCCUGCAGCGUCCUUUGACAGAAAACCAGUGAACAGCAGCUUUGGAGACGUCCUGCAGCAGGUUUACCCCGUCUAUAGACAGGGUGAUGUUGUCUCUGUCACGUUCGUAGCAGGAAACCCCAGAAAUUCUGGAGACAUCAGAGAUAAAACGUUUAUUACAGUGGAGAUUUAUGACAACAGAACAAAAACCUGGGAGGUCGUCCACACUGAUGCAUCAUGGGAGACCAGGUUUCACUGGCUGAAAGGUUCAAACCAGCAGAGUAACUCCACCGUCGAGUGGCACAUUCCCCAGUCGGCCCCCAACGGCUCCUACAGGAUCAAACACUUCGGACACUACAAACAGCUGAAAGGACUGCGACCUGUCAUCACACCGUACGAAGGCACGUCCGACGUCUUCAGAGUCGCAGCCAGCUUUUACUAUCAGUGAGAUCACCUGUUCCUCCGAGGUCACAGCUCCUGAUCGUCACAAAGAUCAUCGCCUCAAAGAAAACCUCCAGGACUUUUCUGUAACAACUCUGUUCUGUUUCCAUGAAUUUCUUACCCUAAAACCAAACACCUUCACAAUGACAUACCAGGAAACUAUUCACCAUCCUGCGGAAAUAAAAGAUAUCAUGCCUCA